CGGAGCAGCUCUUUUAUAUCUCGUCGAUCGAAGCUUGAUCGCGAGAAGGCUCUUCACCGCCUGCGCAACCUGGCGGUGGGUCCGCAAGCUUGUAACUGGUAGAAGGCCUGCGGCGCGUAGCGGCGCCGCGGUGUAUUAUACCGCGUCAGUGCAGCGGUGUGGCGGUGAGCCGCCACAAUGGCAUUACUUGUUGCUGAUGUCUAACUAUUACGAACGCUUUUACAACGAUAAUUUUGAUGUUGACUUUACGACUUUUCAUUCACUGUUUGAUCCAGAUAAAGGCGCAUCUUUUAUGAAUUAUUAUUUCUUUGUAAAUGAGCUGAGAAGCUUGCUUACAGAUCCUCCAAUGGAAUCCGAUUUCAUACUAAGAUAUUGCGCAGAGAAGCUUUUUUCAUACCUGCAGCAUUAUCGUUUAAGGAAGAAGGUGCACAAAUUUCUAAAUUAUCCUGAGAAACAACAGAUUUUAGAAAAAGCAGCCUUCAUUUUAGCACAAUGGUAUCAACCCCAAAAAUGUAUGUCUUACUUGUAUGUGAGUACGUCACUGCAGAAGAUUGCAGAGCAGGUAUUGGAGUGCCUUCAAAAAGAAAAUCCUGCGCAUCCCAUAUGCUCAAUAUCAGAAGAGCAGCUUCUCCUCUGGGCAAACAAUAAUAUCGAUGACAAUCAUUGGAAUAGCAUAGAAGGAAGACAGAUUAUAGAGAGUCUUUGCAAAGUUUUAUAUAAUUUAGAUUUUCGUGGAACUAUUGUUUGUAAUUGGGAUGAAGGAUACAUUCUCGAACAAUCUUGUAUAGAUUACGUUUUACAAGCUAAAAUUGGUACUACGGUAAUUCUGGCAACAAUAUAUCACAGUGUGGCGAGAAGACUUGGAAUACGCUGCGAUAUAAUAUUCCAUAAAUCUAAUAUGAACUACUUGUUAUGCUGGAGAGCGGAAUAUCAUACCACGAAUCUCAAAGAAAAAGAAUGUUUUUGUAUUGACUUCAGGCGUAACGAAGAAACCGUGAGUACAAAUUACUGCCCUAUAAUUAAUAGUGCAAAAUAUGGUAUUAAUGAGUAUACGAAGGAAAGUCCUGUAAAGGUGAUGACAUAUAUGAAUAAUGAUUUGUAUUUCGAAACUGAACCCAAAGUAUUUAUACGACAGUCAAAUCAGGAAUUACAGACUCUAAUAAACCAGAUACACUUGUAAUUGAAGAACUAGGUCUCAUAUAUGUACAGCAUCAGACGGAUUUAUCCAAUCUCAUAGUUAUGUUGCAGAAGAUUCAGAUACUCUGAUGGAAAUAUUUUUCUGAAAAUUUAACGAAAUUUUGCUGAAAUGUAUUUGAAAAUUUCUCUCAAUUGACCUUA